AUGUUGAAUAUGAGGAAGCACCAUGUGACUUUGUUGAUCAUUUGGAACCAGCCACAUUUUGGCCAUCACUCUCUUCGGAUACCGGACCUUAUCAUGCAAGCACUUUCCGCUCCACUUAUCUCGCAUUCACCAUAUUUGCGUUACAUUCAUAGAUUCUUAUCUAUUUCCUUUUACGGUACCAUUGAUGACUCUUCUAGAGAACAUAGUAUCAAGAUCAAUCUUACGGGUUGGUUGGGUAGGCAAUUCUUUUUUAUGGUUAAGAAAAAGAGAGGAAAUUUGUGCUUAGGUUCAAUGAUCACUUUUAUUGUUGUCAAAUUGGGUGUUUUGGACAUGAAAAAUACUAACAUGCACAUUGCUUGUGAGAUGAAACAUUUGGACCUUGAUUAUUUACACAAGAUGGGAGUUGUCUUUAAAGAUAAGAAGGGUACUACCACAUAA